AUGAAUCCAUACAAGGAAUCUAUGCUCCGGCUGGUUGCCUACGCCGGACUGCCGCAGUACGGCACCUCAGAGAGAAUUGAACUCCCACCACCAAACACACCAGAGGCCGUCUAUUUUCAUUCCACAGAAACACCAGAGUGGAAAGCACAUAUCGCAUCACUUCCUUUUGAAGAACGUUAUCGGGCGUCUGUGCGUCGACGUCUCUCAACACGUAUGUGGGCAUCUGCACAGAGUAAUUUAUGUUUAUGGUGUUGGUUCCCAAAAGAUAUGUGUUUUUGCUCAAAAAUGGAAGAGUAUCGUGAACAGAUUUCUUCCCAACAGCGAACUUCUGAAGUGGAUGUGACGAUGGUCUUGCACGUGGGAGAAGUUAUGCGGGGAACUAAUUCUGGACAUAUUGCCGCGUUUAUUUUAGGCGCACCCAUUCGUGUUUGGGGAGUAAAAGAAGAUGAUCUUUACUUACAGACUUUGGCAGAUACUUCUGCUGAUCCUGCUACUACUACUGAUGUUAUUAAUUUUGAUGUUAAUAUUAAUAAUAAUAAUAAUGAUGAGGAUAAUAUUCAUGAAGAGGAUAAUGAUUAUAAUAACCGUCCUUUUACCAUCUCACUUUACCCAGAACCUGGUGCUCUCUUCCUGGAGGACUUUGUCCGUGAUCUUCCACGCAGGAAAAAGGUUCACUUACUUCUCUCAGAUGGAACAUGGGGACAAGCAACUUCUUUAAAUCGACACAUUCCUCGUAGUAUUCCCCGUGUGGCUUUAUCCGUUGAUGGUACAUAUACUUCACUUUUUAAGGCUCUUAGAAAAAGAACUAGAGAAACAGGUGUAUCAACACUUGAGGCUACCGCUAUGGCAGUUGAACAGUGUUUGAGAGGUUUAGAUGAUAGUAAUGAUGAGAUAGCAACAAGAACUAUUAGUGUUUUAACUUCCGUAAUGAAAGAUUUUGUAGAUUUGAGAUGUUUACUGAAAUAUCAAGAUGUAUGUUUUACUGAUUGUGUGGAAGAUGUUGCUGAACUUGUAGAGCGACGUGAUGCUGGUCGCCGUGUGGCUUCAUUAGGCCGUUUACGAGAAUUACACAAACGAGUGGAAAAUGAUAAGGAGGUGCGACAUUUAUUACUUCCUCCGGUGUUAAAUUACUGUUAUGCCUGCGAUACUCCAGUGUUGUGGCAUCGUAUGGUUGAACAUGUUUUAGGCAAAAAACAUCAGAAGAGUUUGAAGGAAAACCCUCUUUUUAUCCCAAGCGAAGGAUCACGGUUUUGUUCCUGCCUUAGAUGGUAA